ACUAUGAUGGCCCAAUCAGGUAGGCCAAAUUUGUCGGAACCUGAAGAACUGCCUUUAGAAAUCCAGACUUUGAGAUAGGCAAUCUGGGAGAUGAUCUUCAAGUCAUAAAAUUUUUGAAGCCUUAUCCUCUUUCUCUCUCAUCUCUGUGUGUGUUUCUUCCCGAACCAGAAAAAGGAAGCGCCACUCACAAAUAGCCGGCAAUGUACACGCCCACACACCAUGCAACACACAUUCCUCUCGCCUCCUAAAAACAAUCCUUUCCCGCCACCGCCACCCUAAACACCAUCAUUUUCCCUUACUUUCCCUCCAUUUUCUCUCUUUCUGUCUCUAAGAAGCUAUGAUUUUCAUCUCUCUCUAUCAUCACAACAAUAAGUUUUCUCUCAACAAUUCAUCUCGUGCAGAGAUUACUGCUUUCAGUGACUGUAAUGAAGAAUUUGUGAAGUUAAACACGGAAAUAUUAGUGUUCCUAUCGACAAUGUGUUCCCUCUCCUUGCCUGGGUUCAAACAGAUAGAAAUUUGGGUGGCUUUGGUGAUUUGAAGUGUCCACUUAUAUGUGAUGUCACUCAUCUCUCUCUCACACGCCAUGCAAGACACACUCCCUUUCCUCCCCAAAAACAACCCUUUCCCUCCCUUACUUCCCCCCCACCACCAUGAUUUCCCCCUACUUUCUCGCCCCAAAAACCUCCAUUUCCCUACUUUUUCUUCUAGAACAAUCACCCCCACUUCUCUACCUCCCAAACCCCAUCCCAAAAUCCCCCAAAUCCCUUCCACUUCUCCGCCACCACCAAUGCCACCACCAAACUCCCACUCUGACUUCCAAGAGAAAAUGCUUUACCUCGAGUCCAUAGGACUUGAUUUCUUCUCCCUGAUCCAACACCACCCUCCCAUCAUAUUUGCUUCUCUCCAUGAUCUGAAAUCAACCGUUGAUUUUCUAGCCUCCAUGAGCUUCACGACACUCGAGCUACGCCGAAUCCUCUCCAUGUGCCCCCAUAUCCUAACCGUGAAAUCAACUUCUCUCCUCCCUAUCUUCACUUUCCUUCUUCGCGAAGUGCACGUCAACGGCUCCGACUUAAAGAAAGUUAUCAACAGACGGCCCAGAUUACUCGCAUGCAAUGUGGAGACUCAGCUCCGUCCCACCCUAUAUUUCCUACAAAGCAUCGGAAUCUCUGAGGUAAAAAAGCACACUUCCUUACUGACUUGCAGUGUGGAAAAUAAACUGAUCCCUCGAAUCGAUUACUUCCAAAAAAUCGGAUUUUCUCACAGACAAACAAUAUCGAUGUUCUGUAGAUUUCCUCCACUGUUUAAUUACAGUAUUAAGGAAAACUACGAGCUGAAAUUAAAUUAUUUUAUGGUGGAAAUGGGGAGGGAUUUGAGAGAAAUUAGAGAGUUCCCUCAGUAUUUUUCUUUUAGCUUGGAAAAUAGGAUAAAGCCAAGGCACCAAAUUUGUGUUGAAAAAGGGGUUUGUUUUCCUUUGCCUGCUUUGUUAAAGACAAGUGAAGUUGAGUUCCGCAGUAGAUUAGAGGUUUGUUGUAAUUCCACCUUACCAUUGAAGGGGUCUCCUUUAUGGUGUGCAAAAGCUUGUGAUAUUUAAUUCUAUGAUUCAACGUACAGUGAAAAAAAAAAUUGAUUUUUUUAUGUGGUUGGCUCCAUUCUUGUGUGUUUCAAUUUAAAGCUGCAAUGGAUGGCACGGUAGGAAUCCCUCCCACUGAGAAUCUAAAUGCAGUUUUAAAGUCACAAAUCAUGAAAUGCAGGUAUAGCAUGGUGGAACCGCCUCCCAGCCAUCUGAAAGCACCCAAAGUAGAUAAAAAUGAAGAUGAGUGGCAUGAGUAAAAUUUAGAUCGAGUGACAGUCUUUGAAAUAGUUUUUGAUGUUAAAGCUAGUUUUGCUUGGGUAUUUGUUGCUGGAAAGUAUUCAUUUGAGGGAUAAUUUGAUAUUUUCUCACUUUUCUCCUACAGGUUAAUAUAGUAUAACUUGCUGCUGUAAAUAGAA